AUGUCUUUCAGGAGUAGCAUAGUCGAUACCAACGGGGCAUCUAGUGGGACAGGACGAGCUACAGAAGCUUACCUGGCUAUGAGGGGUGCCUCGUUGGCGAUAUCCCAUAUGCAGAUGGUAGCCCUCAAAGUAGUUGCCGAAGAGCUGAUGACUUCCAAUUCUGAUGUUCGCACCAAAGCCACGAUCUUCAGUGUCAGAAGACCCGAGCAGAUUUGGGACCGGCUUCAUGACACCAAGCAGACUAUUGACCGUCUAGAUGACGCCGCCAAUAUUGCCGAGACCGCCGCUUCAGGUCAGGUCUCUCUCGAGACGCAGUCUGACCAAGGUUGGGAGUUUCCUGCUUGGCAUCAACCUUUCAGGUACAAUGUUCUUCCUGCGGGAACAGCUGAAGCAUAUCGCUGA